AACCAAAGAGAUGCAAUCCUCAAGAAACCAACAGCCUUUGAGAAAAGUCAGGAUCUUGGUCAACGAUCCUUACGCAACCGAUGAUGAUUCAUCUAGCGACGAGGGAGACGAGACCAAGAUGAGACGCAUCGUCCGCGUUGUUAACUUCCCACCUCUGGAGUCUGUUGCUCCUCCUCCUCCUCCUCGUGUUGCUGAGUCUGCUUCUGUGAGUUCUUCACAGGACAGCACCAAAACAAUCAGCAAGAAAGCAGCAGCAGCUUCUCGUCCUCGGUGUUCUAAGAAGAAGCCUGUUGGUGUCAGGCAGAGGAAAUGGGGUAAAUGGGCUGCUGAGAUUAGACAUCCCAUCACCAAAAUCAGGACCUGGUUGGGUACUUUUGACACCGAAGAAGCAGCUCAUCAAGCUUAUAAAGUCAAGAGGAAAGAGUAUGACGCACUUCUCUCCACUACUACUAAUGACUCCGUGUCUGAGACUAGUCAAUGCUCUCGCUCUUCACCUCCUGAGCAAGACACUUCAGCUUCAACACCAACUACUAAUAAGCUUAAAGAAGAGAUCAAGAUCGCUCCUGCUACUGGUGUUGAUUCGAGCAAGGAAGUGUUGUUCGGUUUCAACUUCGCUGAGCUACCGAUCCCUGAUCUUGGUUUCUUUGCCGAAGACGAGGGACAGAUGGCUGCUGAUCUUGGUUUCUUUGCUGAAGAGAACUUGGAUUGCUUAUUCACUGAUGAUCAGUUUGAUGAUUUCACUAUGCUAGGGUUCGAAGACAGUGGUGGUGGUCCGAGCGAGCUACCUGAUUGGGACUUUCCAGAUGUUGAGUUCGACUCUAGCUUCUUUUUCGCCGAUUAUCAUCAACACAUCCCCUUGAAAAGUUUUGCAGCUUAAGCUUUUUUUAAAAAAG